UUUUGGCAGCAAAAAUAUAUACACACUUGGCAAUAGCAACGAUGAUUUGGAUAGCCAUUUUUUUGGUUUCUCUUGCUUAUAUGUGGCUACGGAGAAUUAGCAAGAACAAGGCAAAGAAAUUGCCACCUGGUCCCAGAGGGUUGCCAAUUUUGGGAAGCCUUCACAAGUUGGGACCAAAUCCUCAUCGUGACCUGCACCAACUAGCCCAAAAAUAUGGACCUGUCAUGCACUUGCGCUUAGGUUUUGUGCCCACCAUUGUUGUUUCUUCUCCACAAGCUGCUGAACUGUUCCUCAAGACCCAUGACCUUGUCUUUGCUAGUAGACCACCUCUUGAAGCUGCAAAAUACAUCUCUUGGGAGCAGAGAAACUUAAGCUUUGCUGAAUAUGGCUCUUACUGGCGCAACGUGCGCAAGAUGUGCACGUUGGAAUUGCUAAGCCACACCAAAAUUAACUCCUUCAGAAGCAUGAGGGAAGAGGAGCUUGACCUGAUGGUCAAGCUUCUGCGAGAGGCAGCCAAAGAUGGAGCUGUUGUUGAUCUCAGUGCCAAAGUUUCAACACUCAGUGCAGACAUGUCUUGCAGAAUGGUUUUGGGGAAGAAGUACAUGGACCGCGACUUGGAUGAGAAGGGGUUCAAGGCUGUGAUGCAAGAGGGAAUGCACUUAGCAGCAACUCCUAACAUGGGAGAUUACAUUCCUUACAUUGCUGCACUUGACCUUCAAGGCCUAACCAAGCGCAUGAAAGUAGUUGGCAAAAUCUUCGAUGACUUCUUCGAGAAAAUUAUUGAUGAACACUUGCAAUCAGAGAAGGGUGAAGACAGGACAAAGGAUUUUGUGGAUGUCAUGUUGGACUUUGUCGGUACUGAAGAAUCUGAAUACCGCAUUGAACGCCCCAAUAUCAAAGCCAUAUUGCUGGAUAUGUUGGCUGGUUCAAUGGAUACUUCUGCUACAGCAAUUGAGUGGACGCUUUCAGAGCUCCUAAAGAAUCCAAGGGUGAUGAAGAAAGUCCAAAUGGAAUUAGAAACUGUGGUGGGUAUGAAGAGGAAGGUGGAGGAAUCGGACUUGGACAAGUUGGUGUAUUUGGACAUGGUUGUAAAGGAAAGCAUGAGGCUCCAUCCGGUGGCACCGUUGCUCAUACCACACCAGUCCACGGAAGAUUGCAUGGUUGGAGAUUUGUUCAUACCUAAAAAGUCAAGGGUGAUAGUGAAUGCAUGGGCAAUUAUGAGAGACCCAAGUGCUUGGGAUGAGGCAGAGAAGUUCUGGCCAGAGAGAUUUGAAGGAAGCAGCAUAGAUGUGAGAGGGCGUGAGUUCGAGCUGAUACCAUUUGGGUCUGGCAGAAGGGGUUGUCCAGGAUUGCAAUUGGGUCUAACUGUGGUUCGUCUAACAGUGGCACAGAUUGUGCAUUGUUUUGAUUGGAAACUACCAAAAGACAUUUUGCCAGAUGACUUGGACAUGAAAGAGGAGUUCGGACUCACAAUGCCUAGGGCCAAUCAUCUACAUGCCAUUCCCACGUAUCGGCUUUCCAAUGAAAGGGAUUAGGAAAAACAAUUUCAUAGUAUGUUUAAUUAGGUAGAUUUCAAUAAUAUUUAUGGAAAAAAUAAGUUACCCUUUCUCUUCCUUUUUUUUUAUCAGUAAAAGUGAAUAAAAUGCAUUAAUAUUGACCCUUUCC